CUCAGGGAGGGAGAGGGAGAGAGAGAGAGGAGAGAGAGGCUGUUUGAGGAGCCAUGAAUCGGUUAGCAGGAGAGCUUCUACUUUCAGCUCGUUUGUCUUCAAGAAAACGCUUCCUUCUUUCCCUCAUUCCUCUUCAACGACAAGUGGUACAGCGUUCCGUUACUGCUUUCCUGCAAAACCCUUCUUCUCUGCGCCACCACUACUCAAAACCGGCUACUACCAGUAGUAUUGAGGAGGAGGAGGGCAAGGAGAGUUCCAGCUUCGAAAAGCACAAACCACAGCAGCAACAACGGUUGUCCAAGACGAGGAGGAGAUACAUGCUCGCCGAAAUGCUUGAGAAUCAAGCACAAGUAUCCCAUGGAGAGGCACCGAUAGAAUCAAGAUGGCUACCGAAGGAGAAAGAAGAAGCAUCUUCUUGGCCAAGGCCUAGCGAAAUUCCAUUUCAGACGAGGGUUGCCAAUUCCGUCAAUUUGAUCGGAGAUGUCGAGAUUCCUGUGCAGUUUAAAACUUCCGCAGACGGCAAGUACUGGGCCGGCACCAUUAUCUCCCAAUCCGAUCCUGACUCUUCCGAUUCUCCACCCUUUUGGAUUCCAGUUAUUUUUGAAGGUGAUAUGGCACAUGUUGCUGCUUGCCAUCUGAAAAAAAAGGAUCGUGUUUAUAUAGCUGGACAGCUAAGUGCAGAUCCCCCACCAUUCACCAUGAAUGAAGGCCAAGCAAAUGUCCAGGUUAUGGUACGGAGCAUAGACUUUGUGAAGGGGUCUCCCCAGAUGAAAAAAGGCAUUAUGUCAGACAAUCUUAAGAAGCUGCCUGCUAACAGUGCUGCAAGCCCAAAGGAUGAUAUAUCUGUCAACCAGUCAUGGAAGGAUCUUUUUGCUAGCCCCCAUGAGUGGUGGGACAUCAGGUCGAAUAAGGGCAAUUCGAUGGCUGCAUCUUUUGAGAACAAACACAGUGGCCAGUUACUCUGGGUUAAUGAGUCUAUUCCAGAGUGGAUUCAAAAGAAAUUAGAAUGUUUGACACUGGAUCAUAAAGUUGUUCGGAGAAACCUGGAAAAUGUUUUCUCAGGUAGUGACAUAAAAGGUGAUAGAGACCCUGCAUUAAGCAGUUGGAAUGACCUUUUAAGAAAUCCGCAAAAAUGGCGGGACAACCGUGAAUAUAAGCUCAGGGGACGGUGCAAACCAAAAUAUCCAGAUUUUAAACACAAGGAUACUGGUCUUGCACUCUGGCUUGAUAGUGCUCCAAAGUGGGUGUUGUCAAACCUUGAUGGAUUGAAAUUUGAUGUUAAACAAGCAAAGGACACCAAAGGGGAUGAUUUUUGGAAGAACUUGGUAGACAAUCCUGAUAGAUGGUGGGACAACAGAAUGAACAAGGUCAACGUAAAGGCUCCCGAUUUUAAACACAAAGAUACAGGCAAAGGACUAUGGUUAAGUAACUCGCCAGAUUGGGUAUUGGAUAGGUUGCCUCCUUUGAGAGCUAAAAAUGCUGCCUGAUCAUCUCUACCUGGGGAGAAAGUUGAACAUCCCCCCCCCCAUUGUUGAUUCAUCUGGGUUCUGUGCAUAAAAUUCCGAUGCUUCUUGUCAUCUUUAUUCCACAUGCUCCACAAGUUUUUCUCAAGUUGUCAACCCUAGCGACGCGAUGACAGGCCUUGGUCCUAUUGUUUUUUGAUGAUACAGCGUUCGGAGGAUGUUAAUUUACUCAUAGUUGGUGCAGUUUCUCAAUGGCAUAUAGAGUUCUUAGACGCCAGAAAAGAAGGCUGGUUUUCUUUAUCUGUUUUUUGGUUCCAUCGUCCGUAUAGUAUCUUCUACCUUUCCACUAGCUGUUUCCUCUUAUUGUAGUUUUAUAAUAAUUCCUUUCUUUCAAUCAAUGCAAGUCAAUUGCAUGUA